CGACUUCGAGUCGGUGAGAUCUAACUUCUCUUUAGUCAAUGCUCCCAAGCGACGUAAAGGUGUCCGACCUGGAACGUUAACGAGUGUCGAAAAAUUCCACAAGAACAAACAAGAUGGUGACAGGGGUCAUUGACUUGCCUAAGAAGUGGCAUCUUUGGUGCCUUCCAUGCCCCAUCUUCUCAAAAAAAUGCUAUCAUCAUAACUUAAUCAAAACUCAAUUCAUAGCUCAAUUAUAUAUUAACUUCUUCAACCAACCACCACCCACAACAACCACUUUUCUUUUUUCCCUUUUGCUCUCCUCUUCUUCUUCACCAAAUUUCUUCACAAUCAUGAACAUGAAGCUGCCUCUCCCUGCUCUGUUUGCUGCUCCUCUUGCCUUCUUCUUCUUCGCCGUCGCCACUGCCGAUCCCGAUCUUCUUCAAGACGUUUGCGUCGCAGAUCUUGCUUCAGGAAUCAAGGUAAACGGAUUCACCUGCAAGUCGAAUUUCUCAGCAAACGAUUUCUUCUUCGACGGAUUGGCCAAACCAGGCGCCACGAACAAUAGCCUUGGCUCGCGAGUAACCGGCGCCAAUGUCCAAUCAAUCCCCGGCCUGAACACACUCGGCGUCUCCCUCUCGCGGAUCGACUACGCCCCUGACGGCCUUAAUCCACCGCACACGCAUCCACGCGCCACCGAGAUCGUGUUCGUCCUCGAUGGCGAACUCGACGUCGGCUUCAUAACGACUGCUAAUGUCCUCGUCUCGAAGUCGAUCAAGAAGGGCGAGAUCUUCGUCUUCCCCAAGGGAUUAGUCCAUUUCCAGAAAAACAACGGCAAGGUUCCGGCGGCGGUGAUUUCGGCGUUUAACAGCCAGUUGCCUGGUACUCAAUCGAUUGCGGCGACGCUCUUCGCCGCAUCUCCGCCGGUGCCUGAUAAUGUUUUGACGAAGGCGUUUCAGAUUGGGACAAAAGAGGUCAAGAAGAUCAAAUCGAAGCUUGCUCCGAAAUAAUAGAGCAAAUCAAUGGAGGUUUCUGUAAAUUGAAGAUUGUAUUUGGAUCUGUCUUUUUCACUGAUUGAUUGAGUAAGAAUUAGGAUCUGGGGAUUUGUUUUUCUCCUCUUUUUUUCAAUUGGGAUCAUUUUUUUUCACUCGUGUUUUAUAUAGUUCUCUUCCGUUCUUAGCAUGAACUCGAUCACCCUAAACCCAAAACCCUAAACAAAGUUAGGACGGCUUUUUCUUUUGUCA